AUGACCUUCUUCGAUUCUGACGAUGACGGCCUGUCAGACAUCAGCGAGACCGACCUGUUCGACGCCCUGGAUUCAGCACGCGAAAAAUGCUUGUCACGUGGCGUAAAGACUCAGCCGCAACCAGCCAGACCUCCACCCAUACAGGCAAUGCCGCCACCAAGGGCUCAACCACUCAGGAAGCGAUCACCGCCGUCAUUUCUACCCCGAUCACGUGACGUCAAUCAAGCACAUUUUAACAACAAGAGUGAAUCGCGUGACCUUAACUUGCCGCUGCCAGGGAGCCUCCCGUGGACUGCCAAGUACCAGCCCAAGAAUGCAUCUGAGAUCGCCAUCAGUCCCAAGAAGUACACGGAAAUCUACAACACCAUUCUAGAGUCGGUGACCUCUGCUGUGGGACGGGUAGUCAUUCUCAGUGGACCUGCAGGUUCUUCGAAAAGUACAGCUCUCAAUCAAGCGAUCAUUGAUGUGUCCAAGCUUCUCAAUAAAUCCCCCGCUAAGAUUGAAUGGAGUAACCCAGCUCAUAUCUACCAAGCACCAUCAGCUCAGGCAUUCCACAAAGCUGUUUCGGAGUACAUGUUUCUUCGUCAGGACGACUGUAUGCGUGUUAUUCUUGUGGAGGAUCUCCCUAAUAUCAUGCAUGAAGGUACCCGGAUGUGGUUUCGACGGGCUGUGGAGGAGUACUUGAACUAUUUACCGGAAGAAAAAUUGGCCCCCCUGAUAGUUGUGGUCUCGGAGAACGACAACAACGAGGCUCAAUCGUUUGCAGAGUCGCAUACAGUCGAGAGUAUCUUCUCUCGUGACCUGUUGGAUCAUCCCAGAAUCAAAAGAGUCAAGGUAUCGUCUGUGGCCAAAAGUUUCUUACGAAAGCCGCUGCUGGAGAUUGUUCUUGCUGAAGCUGGUUCCAAACACGUGUCUGUGAGCUCUACCAAAGCGGUUCCUCGGAAGCUCACUCUCGCACCUAAGAGUAUCUAUGGUCCGUGUCUGGAGGUGGCCUAUGUCCUGGGUGACAUUCGGUCAGCCAUCAACGCCCUGGAGUUCUUCCAUAGGUCUACCGUGACCUCUAGCGGGGCUACUUCAGCUGACUACAUUCGUCCUGAUCAGGUAUCCUUUUUCCGGGCCAUGGGUCGUGUCUUCUUUGGAACCAAGAAAGACACGUCUCAGAUCGACCACGACAUUAUAGGAGGUCUUCUGGCUCAAUGGGGCGACGAUCUGGGAGCUCGGAACAACAUUGUCGACUACCUGUUUGCCCUGGCAGUCAGGGUGGGUAUUACUACUGACAUUAAUUUCAUCUAUCAGUUGUCUGAGACCAGCAGUAUUGGCGCAAUGAACGCAUCUGGCAAGCUCUCGUCUGCCGACUCCAUUGAGUACUUGCUGAGGCAGCUGCAUUAUCUGUUCAACCAGAAGAACUCGCCCAAGCAAUUUGGAACAGGAAACCUCUUCAAGCAGGGUAUAGAUGCUAGGAGAACGGCAUUGGAAACACGCAAAAAAGUGGACGAGAAGAUGCAUGCGAAUCAUUGGACGUCUCGUCAGGAUAUCGUUCUGUUCGAAGACUUCUACACCAGCAAGAUCCGUAGUAAAACAAAGUCGACAAAGGCAGAGACUGAUACGAAGGAGGAGGGGCCGAUUUUUGAAUUAACUGGAAAACCGUUCACAUCUCUGGCUUCUUUGGGAGACAAGCUCGAUCUCGAAGACGACUUUGAUCUGAUGGAGGCUAUGAAUGACAGCGACGAUGAGUGGAUGUAG